UGUGCUUUUCAUGUGGGCAAUUUUUUUUUCAAUCUUUAUUAGAAUGAGUGUGAAUUUUUGUUAUAAUUCGUAGAAUUGCAAAUAUGGACACAUUUUCAAAACAUAUGAACAUUCUUGACGGAAUCUAAAUAAUACAAACAUAAAAGAAAAUAACAGAAUCACAAUCAGAAUCAGUGCAAUUAGCAUCCACAAGGAAUCAUGAAGUUUGAUGACAUUUUACGAGAACUGGGGGAGUUUGGUUUCUACCAAAAGAGGCUCUACUUUCUGCUUUGUAUUCCUGCCAUAUCUGUUGGCUGCUACAUGAUGAUGAACAUAGUUCUGCUGUACACCCCUGAGCACAGAUGCCAGCUGCCAGAUGAUGUUUACCCCAAUGACACUUGGAUGAUACAGUCAGAAGAACACGAGCGACUCGUGGCCAUGUAUGUGCCUCCUGACACAGAGUACACAUAUGACAGGUGUAACCUUUACCAGGGGAUGGGGGAUAGCCCGAGGGUGGGACCAGGGGCAGGGAACAUCACACACAAUGGUACCCUAACGCGUUGCUCCAAGUGGGUCUACAGUAGAGAGGUGUUCAAGGAGUCAUUCACUUCUGCACAAAAUUUUGUAUGUGAGGAUGCUCUAAAGACAUCCCAUAUUCAGCUGGCGUAUUACUUUGGGGUGCUGGUAGGGGACCUUGGCUUUGGCCUUCUUGCAGAUAUCAUAGGUCGCAAGAAGUCCCUCUGCAUUGCAGCUGUGUUACAACUGGGUGCAGCCCUUGGCGUGGCAUGGGCUCCAAAUUUCUGGGUGUACCUCGUCCUUGAGUUUCUGGUGGGGGCUGCUUGUCAUGGGGUCUUCAUGGCCUCUUGUGUGCUUGGCCUGGAGGUGGUUGGGCCGUCGAAGCGUGUGUGGGCGGGUGUUGUAAUUCACGCAUGGUUUACUGUCGGCCUGUGUUACCUAUCAGGAGUCUCCUGGCUGCUCCAACACUGGCAGUAUAUCCAGCUGGCUGUUGCUGCACCGUGUGCUUUUUACCUCUCGUACUGGUGGUUAAUCGUGGAGUCCCCACGCUGGCUAAUCAGUAUGGGACGUACAGAGGAAGCACGAGUUAUCAUAGAGAAGAUGGCACACACAAACAAAGCUAGUCUACCAGAGAAGCUGUUUGAUUCAGACACUGUGCAGAAACAGGCUGGCGGUAAACUGUGGGAGCUGUUCAAUAACAAGGUGCUCUUCGUCAGAACCAUGAUCCUGUUUUUCAACUGGAUUGUUGUGAGCAUGUGCUACUAUGGAGUCACCAUGUACGCUGGCACCAUCGGGGGAAACUUCUACCUCAACUUUUUCCUUCUCGCCAUCAUCGAGUUCCCGGCAUUUGUAAACAUUCCCAUGCUGGACUGUUUGGGUCGGAAGUGGACACAUGUGUUUUUCAUGUGGCUAGGGGGAUUUGCGUGCAUUGGGACAAUAUUUACUGUUGUGUUUGGCGGGGAAGACCUGCACAUAGCCACCUUGGUGUUAUCCCUGAUUGGUAAGCUGGGCCCGACGGGAGCAUUUUCUGUUAUCUAUAUAUUCUCCCUGGAGCUCUACCCUACCGUGCUUCGCAAUGCUGGGAUGGGAGCUAGCUCUUGUGUCGCCAGGUUUGGAGGAAUGGUAGCACCAUACAUCGCAAAAAUGGGCGAGCUGAUAGGAGGGGACUUUGGUAAGGGUCUGCCACUGGCCAUAUUUGGUACCAUGUCCAUACUGGCUGGGGUACUGUGCCUCUUCCUCCCAGAAACACUCAACCAGAAACUUCCAGACACCGCCAAAGAGGCCGCCCAAUUCAAGGGACAUAGACGAGGUGUGGAGAAGGAGGUGUACAUUGACGAGGAAAAGUCUGAUAUUGUGCUGAAGAAUGGCCACAUAGACAAUACAGACAGCAAUUUGAACACCGCCAAUGGCAAUGUUAACAAAGCUUAUGAAAGCUGUAAAUUAUAGCCAGGCUUACCAUUUAAAUAAAAGGGGGCCAUAAGUUACUGAUAGCUGUAAAUAGCAGGAAGAAUUAUUGGUCUAUACCAAAUGAAUUAUAAGUUUAGCACCAGGUUCCAAUUUCAAAAUCUACCUAUCCAGCAGGAAGAAACAAAUGAAGUGUCAAAGAAAAAACAAAUAUAUCCUUGAUACUUGAUUUCACAAAUGAAUAUCGUUAGGAAAGAAUACAUAGCAUUAUUGACUCGUAUUUAUGUUUUUAUUAUCAAGCUCAAGAAAAUCAUAAGCUCGAUGAAUCUAAACAUAGAAUAAAUUUGGCAUGGUCUAACUUGAUGAACAUAUCGGUAUACAUUCCAAAAGAACCUACCUUUGUAUUAUACUGUAAACUAUUGGGAUUUGUGGGGUAUAUCAUCCACAGAAAAUAUUUCUAGUCAGUCAUUUGAAUAGUAUAUACAUGUAAUAUUCAUACAUAAAACUGUCAUGUCAACUCAUA